CUAUCUUGCUCCCUUCCCAUUGUUCUGCUGAUUGGCUGCUGUUCUGCUGGCCACUGCUGGUUACCUUGCUACCAGUGCUUAGGACUGAAUCUAGGAUGAGACACUAUAAAAAGGAGACAGCACAAGAUAAAUACACAUUCUAUUCCCUGCACAGAAGGCAAGAACUGAAUCCAGCAAGGAUGGAAACGUUCCCAAUGGGAGAACCCAUGUGCCUGAUAGAAAACAAGGAAGGAGAAGAAUUAACAGUUAACCAGGAGGCCUUAGAGAUCUUACUGGAAAUCACUCAGCCUGUGGUGGUUGUGGCGAUUGUUGGGAAAUAUCGAACUGGGAAAUCCUACCUUAUGAACAUACUAGCCGGAGCCAGGAAUGAGCACUCAGGGUUUGCUCUGGGAUCAACCGUCCGGUCAAAGACUAAAGGGAUCUGGAUGUGGUGCGUGCCUCACCCUACUAAAAAAGGCCACACCCUAGUUCUGUUGGACACAGAGGGACUGGGGGAUGUAGAAAAGGGAGACAGCAAGAAUGAUGCCUGGAUCUUCUCCCUGGCUAUCUUACUCAGCAGCACUCUGGUGUACAACAGCAUGGGGACCAUUGACCAACAGGCCAUGGAUAAUCUGCAUUACGUGACAGAACUAACAGAGCGCAUAAAGGUUAAAUCACAUGAAGGAAAAGCUGAGGACAUGGAUGAGACUGGAGAAUUCAAAAGGUUCUUCCCAUCAUUCAUUUGGUGUGUGAGGGACUUUACACUACAGUUAGAGAAGGACGGUGUGCCAAUAACUGAGGAUCAAUAUUUAAUGGAUGCACUGGAACUAAAGAGAGGUGUUGGCAAAAAGGUGCAAGACUACAACCUGCCCCGUCAGUGCAUUCGUCAUUACUUUCAUUCGCACAAAUGCUUUGUGUUUGACCGGCCAGCUUCAAAAGCAGAUCUCCAGAGACUGGAGGAACUACAAGAAUCAGAAUUAGAGCUUGAAUUUGUAGACAAAGCGAUAACGUUUUGCUCAUUCAUAAAUCAGCAUUGUAAUGCUAAAACUCUAGUGGGAGGAACCAUAGUGACAGGGAGAACUCUGGGCAAUCUGACUGACUUAUACACAGAGGCAAUACGGAGCGGUUCCAUCCCCUGUAUGGAGAAUGCAGUAAAAGCCCUGGCAGAUAGAGAGAAUUCUAGAGCCGUGCAGGAAGCUCUGACCAAGUAUGAGGAAGAGAUGAGCAAGCAAAUUGCCAAAUUCCCUACAGAGACCCAGGAAGAGUUUCUCAGUAUUCACCAGGAGUGUGAAAAAGAAGCAACAAAGGUCUUUAUGGGCCUGUCCUUCAAGGAUGAGAAUGGGCAAUAUCAGAAUCAGCUCAUUGAUGAACUGGCAGAGGAAAAGUCCAAAUAUUCUCUGCACAAUGAAGAGGAAUCUGCCAAGAAGUGCAAAGCCAUUCUACAGAAACUGAACGAGAGUCUGGAGAGAGAGAUAUCAGAGGGGAAAUUCUCCAAACCUGGCGGAUAUACACAGUUCAUUUCAGAGAAGAACUUGCUGGUGGAUAAAUACAAUAAAACCAAAGGCAAAGGAGUUAAAGCUCCGGAAAUAAUAGAGGAGUUUCUCAAUGAAAAAAAAAUUGUCGAAGAGUCAAUUUUACAGGCAGAUCAGUCCCUUACAGCUACAGAAAAGGAAAUAGAAGAACAGAGAGCCCGGACAGAAACUGCUGAGAGGGAAAAGCAAAUAGUGGAGGAGAAUAACAGACGGUUAGAGAAAGACAUGGAGAAUCAGAAGAAAAGCCUGGAAGAUCAUAAGAAAAUGCUGGAGGAGAAGAUGGAAGAGGAGAGAAAGAAGUUGAUGGAGCAAAAUGAAUGGAUGAUUAAAGAGAAGCUAAAGGAAGCAGACGAGUUGCUGAAAAAGGGAUUUGACGCACAAUCCGAAAUAGUGAAAUAUCAGUCCAGACUUCUUAAGGAACUAAAUACCGCAGCUGCUGCUCAGCCUCUCAAUGUGAACAUUCUCGGCCUUGGUAGAGGAAGGGGAAGAGGGUGGCUAAGAGGAAGGGGAAGAGGAUUGCUAAGAGGAAGGGGAAGAGGAUGGAGAAGAGGACGAUGACCCUUUUGAAGAGCUGUAUACAGAUCAGAAGAGAUGAAAUGGGGAGAUACAAGACCCACUAAAGGAAAUCAGUUAAAAGUGCUUCUGCACAUUCAGCUCAUUAAGGCACAAAAAGUGACUGUUCUACGUGGCUGUAAUAGAAAUACUAUGCACUGUGCCUCUCUAUAGCUGCUUUGCCAACUUAUCCGCUGCGGUCAGAUUAUUAUUACUCUCUGCACAGAGAAUUUUUAGUGUGUGGUGAAGCUGUCAGUAGGUACCUGAUGCUGAGUGCUCUCUGAGGGAACUGGUGAUGCACUUGGUGCACCUUAGGUGGUACAGGGCUUAGGUGGCCAUACACGGGCCGAUUCUAGCUGCCGAUAUGGGUCCCUUAGACCGAUUCAGCAGCUUAUCGGCCCCUGUAUGGGCACUACUGACGGGCCUGCCCUACUGACAUCUGGCCUGAAAUUGGCCAGAUCUCGAUGGGGUUUAAAAAUUAGUCGGAUCGGGGAACGCAUUGGCUUGUUGAUGUGGUCCCCGAACUGAUGGACGCCCGUACCCGUCGUUCUGAUUCGAUCGUUUGAGUUUGCUGCAGUGUGAGAUCUAUACUUGUGGCUGAAUGAAUUGUCUUUUACAUUUGAACCAUUUUCCCACAAUGUCCGUACUGUGUGUUGGAAAAUUUCCUUUGACAUUCUCUUGUUUUGCUUUCAGAUACUGCAUUCUGUGCUUCAUUCAUAUUUUAUCAAAUAAAAUAAAUAUUUCACAAAUGUUUAAAGCAGUCCCUACGAUAUAUUGCAAAGGACAGAUCUGGUACAUUCAUUUAUGUCAGAUUCUCUCUCUCUCUGUAUAAUAUCGAUCUGACCAAUACUUUAUGGUGCACAUACAGCAUUUCUAUCAUUUUUCUGUUUUAGACUUUAGUUCCCCUUUAACUGUAUGUGUAUUUUAAUAUACUGCUGUGUCACUGGGAGGUCACUGUUUGUGACCAAAACUUUGGAUUGUUUUACUUUACAAUAAAUUCUUUUUGCAUGA